UCCGAACAACUGCGAGAAGAGGAGGCAGCACCGGCGCCCAGCACCUGCCACCGGUGGGGAUCACACUUCGGCGGAACGGAAAACCAGAACUGCCCCACGGGGCCAGCCCACCGAGACUGAAGUCUUUAAACCUUGGAGAGACCUUCAGCAGUAAUCUCCGAAUUCUAAAAUGACCACCCUGCCCCCACUGCCCAUGACACACCCAAAGCUUACAUCUUUAGCCAGACAGAAGCUGCCAUGUUUCCCCAGCACGAUUCCAAGGUCUCAGUUGAUCAAAGAAAAAGAUGACAUAGAUCAUUAUCUGGAGGUGAAUUUCAAAGGAUUGUCAAAAGAGGAGGUUGCUGCUUACCGGAACUCGUACAAGAAGAACAUUUGUGUGGACAUGCUGCGAGACGGUUAUCACAAGUCCUUUACUGAGCUCUUCGCCCUGAUGGAGAAGUGGGAUGCCCUGCAGGAGGCUGCAAGAGUUAGGUCCCUUUUCUGGUUGCAGAGACCCCUGGAGGAGCAGCCUGAUAAGCUGGGUCACUUCUACCACCACCUGACCAGGGCUGAGGCGGCUGAACGGAAAGAAUACUUUGAAGAUGUCUAUAACAACUUGUAUGCACUGGCCUGUUACUUCAGUAAUUCUGAAGACAAAUGGGUAAGGAACCACUUCUAUGAACGAUGUUUUAAGAUUGCUCAACGGAUCAAAAUUGACGGUGGGAAGAAAGAAGCCGAGGCGCAUGCGCACAUGGGACUUCUCUUCGAGGAAGAGGGUCAGCUUCUGGAAGCUGCUGAGCAUUAUGAAGCAUUCCAUCAAUUGACGCAAGGGCGGAUAUGGAAGGAUGAGACAGGCCGCUUUCUCAACUUGUUGGCCUGUGAGAGUCUCCUGAGGACUUACAGAUUACUCUCAGACAAAAUGCUAGAAAAUAAAGAAUACAAACAGGCCAUCAGAAUUCUAAUAAAAGCUUCUGAAAUUGCCAAAGAAGGAAGUGACAAAAAGAUGGAAGGGGAAGCUUCCUAUUACUUGGGCUUAGCACACCUAGCUGCUGAAGAGUAUGAAACAGCACUAACAGUCCUUAACACUUACAGUAAAAUCUCCAUAGACCUGGAAGAUGAUCUCAGCCUGGGGAGAGCCUAUGAAGCAAUAGCCAAGGUCCUGCAGAGCCAAGGAAAGAUGCCAGAAGCAAUUAAAUACUUGAAAAAAGUUGUGGAAAUUGCAAGAAAUAAUUUUCAAAGCCUAGAUGUUGUGAGAGCAAGUACAAUGCUUGGGGACAUCUAUAAUGAAAAAGGAUACUACAACAAAGCUUCUGAAUACUUUCAACAAGCUUUUGACACAACAGCAGAGCUAAGGAACAUGCGUCACGUGGAUGAGACAAAAGUUCACUAUGGGAUAGCAAAAGCUCAUCAGAUAAUGCUGACCAUAAACAAUUAUAUUGAGUCUGAAGAUCUCACCAGCCUUGACUACCUGCUGUCGUGGAAGGAGAAUAGAAGCAGCAUUGCACCACAUCCGAUUAUCGGAGGAUCUAGAAAACCCACAAUGGAAAGUUUGUAUCAAAUCCCAGAGAAUUCGGAAGAACUCAAUGGAUUUCCAGAUAAUCGAAAAAAUGAGACUUAAACCAGCUUUUGACUCAGCAACAAAGCAAGAAGAAAUUUAUCAUGUCACCUUUGUGUUUGAUAACUGUCGUAGGAGUAUGUUACAAAUAAUACAGAUAAAGUUAUAAUAAAA